UGGGGUCCCGGUUUCUUUUAUUUCACUUGGAAGUGUGGGGGGCCUUUGGACUCCCUCGGGCCGAUGGCCUGGAAGUCCGGACCUGAAAAACCAGCGGAAAACACGAGGCUUCAGGGCAGGUGUGGGACUAUGGUGAAGGGCGGCUCGCCCGGCUCGCCAGCCCUGCGGCUGCGGGUGAGAUGAGUGUUCACAAGGGGUUUGGCUCACUUGAGGAGCCCUUUCUUCUUGAGAAGGACCAGGAUGUCUUCCUGGAAAGACAGGAUUGGAUGCGGGUACAGGAUUCUCUUACCAGAGAGGAGGUCAUAGGAAUGAGAGGAGAUGGAGAACAAGAUCUGAAUGGAGAACAGACUCUAUCCAGUGCCCAGGAAGGGAAGAAUGUAGCACAUGAGAAGAUUUUGGCAUCAGCCUUGGAUUCACCAGUUAUCCAGCAUUGGCCUGGGGUUAUCCAACCUGAAAAUGUCAUCCCUAUUUCUUGGGUUCUACAAGAAAAGUCAGUGUCUUCCACCCCUGAAUCUGCCUUAGAUCAUGAGAACUGCCAAGAAGACAGAGCACAGGAAGAAGUGCCAUUGGUCAGCAAUCCCCAGAAGCUGGUGAUGUUUGAGGACAUAGCUGUGUACUUUACCCAGAAGGAAUGGAUGUGUUUAAUUCCUGCUCAGAGGGACCUCUAUAGGAAUGUGAUGCUGGAGAAUUAUCAGAAUUUGCUUUCUCUAGGAGCACUUCAAUUUCCCAAACCUGUUGUGAUCUCCCAGCUUGAACAAGGUCAGGAGUCGUAUAUUCUUGAUCCACAGGGAGCUGGGUUAAGAGUGGCUCCAAGAAGCUCCUGUGUAGAUCCAGGUGUUAGAACCAAGAUUGGGGAUGAAAACUCAACUGAAAAACUUGAAAAACUAAUGUUUGAAAAUAAGGAGGCACACUGGGUCAUGAAAAGUACCCAGAAGAAUCAGUGUGGAAAAUCCAUAGGAGAAACACUGAAAAAUACGAAUGAAAAUUCUAGGAAGGUGAAUGACAAAGCUAAGAAAAUUAUGAUGGAUGUGUCAGAACUAAAAGGUAAAGAUCUAAAGGAAAGUUUGACUGAAAACUUGGAAUAUGUCAUAUGUAAGAGAGUUCCUAAUGGGUGUAGUUUCUGUGAAUGUAGCACAGGUUGUGAAAAUACCUGUUGGCAGUCAGACCUUAUUCUUCAUGAGGAAAUGCAUGUCAAAGAGAAAGCUUGUGAAUGUGAUGAAUGUGGAAAAGGUUUCAGGGUGUCCUCAGCUCUUACCUUACAUAAAAGAAUCCACAGUGGUGAGAAGCCUUACGCAUGUGAUGACUGUGGGAAAGCCUUCAGCCAGAGCUCUGCCCUAACCCAACAUAAAAGAAUCCACAGUGGGGAGAGACCAUAUAUGUGUGACCAGUGCCACAAAGCCUUCAAUGGGAGCUCAGAUCUUAUUAAACACAAGAGAAUUCACACUGGAGAGAAACCUUAUGAAUGUGGGGACUGUGGGAAGUCCUUUAGGAAUAUCUCGGCCCUCACUGAACAUCACCGAAUCCAUACUGGAGAGAAACCUUUCGAAUGUAAUGAAUGCUGGAAGGCCUUCAGUAGCAGGUCAGCACUUUCUCAGCAUAAAGGGAUUCACAAUGGAGGGAAGCCCUAUGAAUGCAGUGACUGUGGAAAAACCUUCAAGACAAGGAAUUGUCUUACCAUGCAUCAGAAAAUUCACACUGGGGAGAAGCCUUAUGAAUGUAGUGAAUGUGGCAAGGCCUUCCAGUUUAGGCACUGCCUUACCAUGCAUCAGAGGAUCCACACUGGAGAGAAACCCUAUGAAUGUACAGAGUGUGGGAAGGCCUUUAGUGGUAGUUCAGACCUUACCAAACACAAGAGAAUCCACACUGGAGAAAAGCCUUACCAGUGUGCUGAGUGUGGGAAGGCUUUCAGUUGCAGCUCUGACCUUACCAAACAUAAAAUAAUUCACACUGGGGAGAAACCAUAUAGUUGUAAUCAGUGUGGAAAGGCCUUUGGUGGGAAGUCAGACCUUACCAAACAUAAACGAAUCCACACUGGGGAGAAGCCUUAUGAGUGUCAAGAGUGUGGAAAAGCCUUCAGUUAUAGCUCAGGCCUUAGACACCACAAGAAAGUCCAUAAUGGAGAGAAACCCUUUGAAUGUCAUGAGUGUGGGAAGACCUUUCAUCAAAGCUCAGAACUCAAUGUACACAAAAGACUCCACACAGGAGAAAAACCAUAUAAAUGUGAAAAGUGUGGGAAAACUUUCAGGGUGAGCUCAGAUCUCAAUGGGCAUAAAAUAAGAAAGCAUACUAAAAUCCCCUGAGUUUGCAGAUGAAAAAUCAUUGAGUCCAAUAUGCUUUCCUCAACCUUAUGCACAUCUACCUCCUUGCAGCAGUUGAUACCAAGGAGACCUUACUUUUUGGAGAUAUAACCCUGAUUAAUAUUGUAUCUUGCCUAUUGUUAUUCUCAUUGCUCUUACCUUACCCUACUUUUCCCCCAUAGCUUUUAAUAACUAAUAAUAUAUUUUAUUUAUGCUAUUUAUUUGUAUGUAUAUUAUCUUACUACUUUGAUAGAGUAUAAACUCCACGCAGGCAGGAAACCUUAUCUUUUGUUAACUGAUGUAUUAUUAUUCUAAGCCACUAGAAUCUUGGCUGAUAAAUGGCAGGAGGUUGUGGGGGUGAAGUGGAGUGGGGGAGGAGGAAAGAAACUCAAUAAAUAGUUUUGAAUGAAAUUAAUUCCUUGGUUUCCAUGAUAUGCUGUUUCUUGGUUCCCCUUUUGUGUUUCCAGCUGUUUUUCCCCUUUGUCUUUGUUGACUACUAUUGGUCCCCUCAUCCAUAAAAUGUGGCUGUAUAUCAUUAUGCUCUGUUAUUUAAGAAAAGAGUCUUCAUUGUCUGCAUUGCCUAGUUGCCUGUAUAUUCUCCUAACCUUCACAACAAUCUUGUUUGACAAAAUAUUACUCUGUUCUCACCUUUAUGUCUAUAAUGUGUUUAAUGUAAAUAAACUAUACACAUGCUAUUUCUGUAUUAGAUUGGGCAUUUCAAGGCAUUAUCAUGGAAGGGAAAAAAUAAAUGUGUUUAUGCCAUUCUCUUAUCUGAAGGUCAAGAAAGAAAGAGGUUCUUUUAUCUCAAGAAUGUGAGCAAAAAAUAUCAAUACUGUAUUUAAAAUCUAUACUAAAUCCAUUUUUUAAAAAAACAUGUAGGUAGUUCCCUGUGUGUACUAUUGCAUCCUUAUAGUAUGGACUCUAGACACACUUUACAGAGCAGUCAACAAUAUUCUUUAGAAAUGUAGAUUAGGUAAUGUACUUAAAAUUCUCCACUGGCUUCUUGUCACUUUUUCCUCCUUUUUAAAUGGAACAUUUUGUCGCAUUUGCUAAUUUCUUCCUGAACCAUUUUAAAAUAAGUUUAAGAUAUACCACCUAUCCCCAAACACUUCAGUAUGUCUCUCCUGAGAAUAAGCAUAUUUUUUCAUAAUUGUAAUGUCACUUUUAUUCCUAAAAAAUGAUUUAUAAUUCUUAUUGAAUUAUAAAUUACAACAAAUAUCUUACCUAUAUUCAAAUUUCCUUGUUGUCCUUAAAAGUCUUUUAAGCUGUUUUCUCCCCCCAUCAGAAUUCAAUUAGGGUAUACACUUUGCAAUCACUACAUUUUUUUUUUUUAGUUUAUUUUGAUCUAGAAUCAUGCUGUCUAUUACUGUAGUCAAUAGCCACAUGUCUGCUGAGCACAAAUAGAAUCAUGCUGUCUAUUACUGUAGUCAGUAGCCACAUGUCUGCUGAGCACAAGUGAAAAUGGCUAGUCUGAAUUAAAAUGCAUGACAAGUGUAAAAUACAUAAUCAGUUUUGAUUUCAUGUAGAAAAUAAAAUUCUUAAUUUUAAUGUUGAUUAAUGCUGAUAUAAUAAUUUGGAUAUAUGGGUUGAAUAAAAUAUAAUUAAAAUCAAUUUCAGCAAUUUUUACUUUUGGCACUAGAAAACUUAAAAUACAUAUGUAGCUUAUAGUUGUUGCUUACAUGGUAUUUCUAUGGGAUAUUGUGAAUCUAGAACAAUGGACUUACUUUCUCUUUUAUGACAUUAACUUUUUGAAGAAUUUAGGCAAGUUAUCUUGUUAGAACAUCCCAUAUUCUGAAUUCUCACUCUUAGAAUAAAAAUCAUGAUCUAUAAAGUAAAAGGCGCUGCCUGCAUUGUUGUUUCUUUUCCUUGCUGCUUUUAUUAUAGGGAAACUUGCCUGCAAGCAAAGCAAAAGGUACAGAGGCAAAGCAAAGCUCCUUGCCUGAGCUACUAGCUUUAUUUAUAUUCAUAGGUUAUCUUAGGUCAUUGGUAUGGUUAGUAUAUAUUGUUCAUUGUAUCACUAGGCAGGUUACAGAGUUAGCAACAUUAUGCAGCUUAUUCCUCAAUUACAUACUAAGUUGCAAUGUGCAAGGUUAGGAGCUCUUAAGAAAGUUCAUCAUUGGGGCUGGGAUUGUGGCUCAGCAGUAGAGUGUUCCCCUAGCACCGGCGGGACCUGGGUUCGAUCCUCAGCAUCACAUAAA